AAGAGAGAGAGAGAGAGAGAAGAAGAAGAAGAAGAAGAAGAAGAAGAAGAACGGAGAGGAGGGAGAAGAAGUCUUGGAUAAGUCUUCACAUUAAACUCAGCCUCAGUGACUGCUGACAGAUUUAAUUGAAUCCUAUGGUGGCUCCUCCCACUUCUCUGACCUCAAGAAGAGGAAACGGACAACCGAACCAAGAAGAGACCUGGAAGAACAACAGUCCACACUUUCGCCUUCUCUUUCGCCUGUUACCAUGACAACCUCAAAGGACAACCCUCCGGCAAAUCAGGACAUCUACUCAGACUCGGGGGAGGAGACGUCAGUCACGUUGUCAGACACCAACGAGGCGUUACCAUGGCAACCAAAGAAGGAGGAGGAGCGUGACGAAGAGGAGACAGAGGCCGUGGCAUCGUCUCCGGACGGACGAUUCCUGAAGUUCAACAUUGAGAUCGGACGAGGAUCCUUCAAGGCGGUUUAUAAAGGACUGGACACUGAGACAACCGUGGAGGUGGCCUGGUGUGAGCUGCAGGUAACAACUCAUCGUCUCUCCAAGUCGGAGCGUCAGAGGUUCACGGAGGAGGUGGAGAUGCUGAAGGCUCUGCAGCACCCCAACAUCGUCCGCUUCUUCGACUCCUGGAAGUCAACGCUGAGGGGCCACAAGUGCACCAUCCUGGUGACGGAGCUCAUGACCUCCGGGACCCUGAAGACGUACCUGCGGCGGUUUCGUCAGAUGAAGCUGAAGCUGCUGAAGCGUUGGAGCUUCCAGAUCCUUAAGGGGCUUCAGUUCCUACACUCCCGCUGCCCCCCUAUCCUGCAUCGAGACCUAAAAUGUGACAAUGUCUUUAUCACUGGGCCCAGCGCAUCAGUGAAGAUCGGAGACCUGGGCCUCGCCACGCUCAAAAAGGCCUCAUUCGCCAAGAGCGUGAUCGGGACCCCGGAGUUCAUGGCUCCAGAGAUGUACGAGGAGAAGUACGACGAGGCCGUGGACGUCUACGCGUUCGGCAUGUGCAUCCUGGAGAUGGCCACGUCCGAGUACCCGUACUCCGAGUGUCAAAAUGCCGCCCAGAUCUAUCGCAAAGUCACCAACGGAAUCAAACCAGACAGUUUUCUCAAGGUCUCCGUCCUGGAGCUCAAGGAGAUCAUAGAAGGCUGCAUUCGUACCGACAGCAAAGAGAGGUUCACCGUCCAGGACCUUCUGGGUCAUCGGUUCUUCCAGGAGCAGCUGGGGGUCCACGUGGAUCUGGCCGAGGAGGACAAGGGCUCGAAGGCGGCUCUGAAGCUCUGGCUCAGGAUGGACCACAACAAGAAGCUCCAUGGGAAGUACAAGGAUAACAACGCCAUCGAGUUCCUGUUCGAGCUGUACAAAGACAUCCCGGAGGAGGUUGCCCAGGAGAUGGUGGUGCUGGGGUUCUUGUGUGAGGCCGACUACAAGCCGGUUGCCAAGGCGAUCAGACAUCGGGUGACGGCCGUGAAGCGGGAGCGAGAAAAACAAAGGCGCCGACUGCUGGAGGACACCCAAAAGAAGGAAGCCGAGGAGUCUGUCCCCUGCCCCCGGAUACCAGAACCGGCCAAUCACAACCAAGCAUCUGGCACCAGAUCGGCCAAUCAACAGGACUCAGUUUUUUCCAGACACCUGAGUCCUUCCUGCAUGCAAACCCAGCCCUUAGCAGCAGUGACAUCAGCGAGCAGAGAGGAUUCUGGGAUCAGCAUCAGGACCGAAGGAGAACGAGACGAGGAGGCGACGGCCAAACAAACCUCUAACUCCUCCACUACAUCGGACUUUGAGAUGGACGGAUCCUUCACCUACACAGGUGUGCCAGGGAAAGUUGAAGCCGCGCCCCCUCCAGCCCCUCACCACGCCCCCAUCCACUAUGUCCCCGCCCCUGCACCACUGGCCCAGGAAACCACUCAACAUCAGGCUCCUCCCCCUAUCAUCCGGCCUCCACUCAAAGCUCCGCCCCUUCCCGUGCUGCGUUUUCCCAAGAGCAUUGCCGUGUCCCACAAUGCUGAGCGACAGCCAUCGGAGUCUGUUUGUGGCUUUUCUUCACCUAUUGAGAGCAACGCCUCCGACAUCACCUCGGGUUUGAGUGACGGCAAUGAGGGCCAAUCAGAGAGGGGCAAUCAGGAAGUUGGAAGUCAGGCGGCGACGAGGCAGAUGAGGCGGCGAGCAAAGGCUCGCCUCAGAAUCACCGGGGUAACCGACAUGGCGGACCGCGUGGUGGAGUGUCAGCUGCAAACCCACAACAGCAAGAUGGUGACCUUCAAGUUUGACUUGGACGGAGACAACCCGGAGGACAUCGCCUCUGUGAUGAUCCACAGAGACUUCAUCGUGCCGUUAGAACGGGAAGGGUUCAUCCUCCGCAUGUAUGACAUCAUCAAGAGAGCGGAGUCUAUGAUGCUUCGCCAGCAGCCGGGCGGCAGCGCAGCGUCGCCCCACCUUUCCGCCCCCCCUACACUCAGCGACUCUCUUGACAUGGCGCCAUCACGACACAUCUCCAGGAGCCCGCCCUCGCUUCCUGCUUCCUCCCAUCAGCCUGCUGCCCAUUACCCCCACGCCGCCCUUUCUCCUGUGUAUGACCCUCCCUCUCCCGCUUACACCGCCUACCCCUCCGACGGCUCCACAACCAGCCUCCACCCAGACCAGAGUAGCUCCUCUCCCCUCACCUCCUCCACCUUCUCCUCCUUUACCCCCUCCCUUCCUCCUCACUGGCCGGCCCCCGACCAGCCUAUCUUCUCCCUGGCCAAUGUGCUCUCUCUGGCCAUGAGGGUGGCCCACUCCUUCUUACCCCCCACCGGGACCCUCAACCAGGGCUUUUACCCCCAACCCCCGUCUUCCCCAUUCCCUCCUCCCAUGUCUCCUUCCAUGGGUCCUGAGUUCCUCCCGCCAGGCCAUGGCUCCUUUUCUGCUUCCUUCUCCUCCCAGCUGUUCGGCCCCCCUAAUCCUGAGCCAGGCUCUGCCCUUCACAGCCAGCUCGGGGCUUUGCCCAGCCAAGUCAACGCACCUGAGGCACAGCCUCUUAGCCCCGUUCAGGUAAAGGUUGGCUCAGCUCCGCCCCCUAAAGUUCCAGAGACCGUCUGUCCUUCCAGUCCGACCGGUCAUCUUGGUCCCGUCCAGGUGCCCCCCACCCAACCGGAAGUGAACAAAACCUCAGUCUUAAACGUUGGUCGUUUCCAGGUGACGCCCACAAAAGGCAUUCCUACUGUCCGUCUACAGGAGCCACGCCCCCUCCACCAUGCCACGCCCACAGCCCACUCCCCACCCCCCUACAGUGUGAACCAAUCGGGAAGCUCAGAAAGCAGCGUCACGGGGCUCAGCGAAUCAGAGAGCAGCACUGUGGUUAAGGUUUCCGCGCCGGUUCAGAUUCAGGGUUUCCAUGGUAACCCUCAUGGACAGGAGGAGGAGGAGGAGAAGAGGAGGAGGGGGGGUCGAAGACUGAGCAUUAACGUCUGGGAUGGUAUCAGCUCUGACGAAUCAGAAAGUGAGAAGGAGGAGAUGUGGGCGGAGCUGCGGGAGCUACGCAAAAGACACCACGUGGAGGUGCAGAACCUGCAAGCCCAUCAGAAGGAAGAGAUUGAGGCGCUGUACCUGAGGACAGGUAAAGUCCCGCCCCCUGGCAUCUUCUCACCGGCCGCCAUUUUGAACCACCGGCAACGGCGCCUCUCCAAGACCGGGACCCAUCCUUCUACUCGCAGCAACAGCGUGCAGAGACCAGAGGUGCUGCCCUCUGCAGGGAUCAUGAGAAAGAGCUCGUCUGGAUCUCAGGAGAGAGCGGGAAGAGGCGUGACCUUUGCCCCCAAGCACAGCGCGAGAGAGGAGCUGCAGACUGACGAGACAAAGAAACCAGAAAUAAGGAUCUUAAACAUUUUCUUAACAUUUAUUUAUAUAUAUUUAAAACGUUCUGGAGAUUUUUCAAACUUAUGCAGGAAAACAUAUAAUAUAUAUAUAUUAUAUUAUUAUAUUAUGAUGAAAGAUAAAUACAUGAUUUUUGAGGAAAUAUAUACAUUAUAUAAACAUAGAAAAACAUUAAAAACGCAUUUAAAUUCCAUCAUGAUCUGUUUUUAUAGAUAAUAUGUAUCAGUUCAGUACAUGUUUGUGUAAUUAACAGUUUAUGACAGGUUUAUAACCUGUGAUGUCUGCUUAUUCAGUUUAUUAUUUAAAGAAGACUUGUUAAACGUGUGAACUACUGUGUGUGAUCUAUUAUUCAUUUUAUAAAACUAUUAAAAUGA